AUGCUCAUCAACAAUAUGUGGACUGCGCUUUCGAUCUCCGGUCUUCUUUUGGCAGCCAACCCGGCUGUUGCCGGGUACAUCGACCGUCUAGCUCCUCGUAACAGUCUAACCCUCGUCGGUUGUUACAGUAGUAAGGAGGGACUCUCGGAUCAGGUCUCAUAUACCUUCCAGAGUUCGGGUUGGUGUUUCGAUCGCUGCAAUGGCAAGAAGGCCGCCGUGUUCGCCCUUACAUCUGGCACAGACUGCCUCUGCGGGAAUGAAUUACCUCCCGCGUCUUCCAAGGUGGACAGCUCGAAGUGCAACACGGCUUGUGCUGGAUGGCCCCAAGAUAUGUGCGGAGGAUCAGAUUACUAUUCCCUCUACACGACAGGACUGGUCAGUGAUGUACCCUCGGUAUCGGCGACCACCACUGCUGGCAGUUCGAAAGGCACCGGUAGUAGCAGUGGUAGCGGGAGCAGUGGUAGCGGCAGCAGCAACAGCAGUGGCAGCGGUACGGGAACCAACACCAACGCUGGCCAAUCCGCGACGUCGAACCCAAACUCAGGCAGCAACGGUGCGCCUUCCGCUGUGACCGAUGCAGUGGGCCACACGACAACCUACACUGCGUACGCUGAGCAAAAGACGACGGACAUUUCCGGAGAAAUCAAAAGCAGCCACAAUACCGCUGCCAUUGCUGCCGGUGUUGUGGUUGGUAUCGUCGGAUUGGCGGCCCUUGCUGGAGCUGCUUUCUUCUUCUAUCGAUCGAAGAAACAGAAUGCUGAAGGCGGUUUCCGAGGCACAGCCGGUGGCUAUGGUCGCGAUUCGCAGCCUCCCUCCAUGACAGACUCCCGUUUCGAUGGCGACUACAUGGCUACACGCCGCCAGAGCAACGGGAGCAUAGAUGAUGACCACGAUUUCUCUCGCCGUAUUCUGCAGGUAACCAACCCUGAUCGUCGCUGA